AUGCCUCCUACACUCACAAUAGUAGCUGAACAUGAUUGGAUGCGUGAUCGUGCCAUUGCAUACUCACAGGAGCUUCGCCAGGUUAAUGUAGAUGCCCCUGUUUAUGAUUACAAAGAUGCUGUUCAUGAAUUUGCAACCUUUGAGAUGUUUUUGAAGACACCUAAAGCUCAAGCAUGUGCAGAAGAUAUUGCCAUAUGGACCACAAAUUUUGAGCUCAUGGAGAUAAGAUUCAGUACACCACAAGAGGUUCAAGGUUUUGGGUGA